UCGGCAGCAGCUGCAUCGCAAGUUUGCGACGACACCAACACUAGUGAGCGAUCGCGAUUUUGCGCGAGGGAACAAAGAUAGUGAGCACAGGGACAAGGCUCUAGUGACGGGAGCACAAAGCUACAAUUUGAGCCAUUGGCGAGAGGAGCACACACUGUAGGGAGGGAGGAACAGAAGAAGUUCCACUCAGUGACAGCGGGCCGCGGGGUUGAGUUGACAGCAAACUCACCUCGAGCUUUGAAAGGUGUAGCCAGCAGGGAGCAUACUCCCAUCAGUCCCACCUCGCGUUUCGCAUACAGUGGAUAGCGGGCCAGACCGUCAGUCCGAUUUUCCGACGAUCACGCGGAGAUUGUAGGCACAGCCUAAUUUUUAAAAGGAAAUCCGAGACAGGAAAACUGAUAAGCACGAUAGACUCUAGCGUGACUGUGAUUGAGACGAUUAAAGACUGAGUCGUGAUCAUCGACAACCUGAUAUCCCAUCGGAGUGGCGCGCCGCGAGUCUUACCAUCAGGCGUCGUCAUAUAUAUUAUUCGGUAUCGCAGGAAUUGCGGCAAUGGCCGAAGUCGAUCAACAACAGCGUCAGCAGCAGCAACGACAAGAAGAGCACAAGGAAGAGAGUGGCGAGAAAGACUCAGACGUCGUAAAAGGGCCAUGGAGCCCCGAGGAGGACGAGCUGCUCAUCGAGUUGAUCGCCAAGUACGGACCGCGCAAUUGGUCGUUAAUCGCGCAAGGGCUUAAAGGGCGGUCCGGAAAAAGUUGUCGACUUCGGUGGUGUAAUCAGCUCAAUCCCGAGGUCAAUAAAAAUCCGUUCACGGACGAAGAGGACCGAAUCAUCGUCUUGGGACACGCGGAGCACGGCAACAAGUGGUCCGUCAUCGCCAAGAGCCUGCGCGGUCGCACGGACAACGCGAUCAAGAACCACUGGAACUCCACGCUCAAGCGGAAAUACCCCGCCAUUCUUGCGGAAAUCAUCAACAAUAGGACUGCGCGCCUGAUCGACUCUCCGCGCGACGCUCCAAUCAGCUCCGCUGGAAGCGACGGUCGCCGUUCCCCUUCCCCCUACUACGCGGGGGCCUCUCUCUACGCUCCGAUGUACGGCGGCGGCGGCUGCGGCGGUGCGGGUUUUUUCCCGCAUCGUGCGACGAUGCCGGACAGCCCCUCGCCGCUUUCGUCGGGCAGCGCGGGCUGCGGAAGCGCGGCGCACUCGCGGCGCAGUAGCCUGGACGGCUGUUCUGCAAGUUCCGCUAAGGCGGAAAACGUGCGCAUGCUGGCGGAAGUCCUCCGCCGCCUUGCCACUGCGUCCAGCGGAGGCGGCGGAGCCGGUUCCGCGUGCGCUUCUCCUCCGUCCGGCGGCGCCCCGGGUUACCCGCUUCACCAGACCCUUCCUUCCGCCUCUGCCGUUUCCGCCGCGCGCCUCGCGUUUCCGCGGAGCGGGAGCCUCGACUCACCCGCUCUCCGGCCAUCGUUUCGCGACCAACCCACUCCGCUCGUUCCUUCCGCCAUGGGGGCAUGCGGGGCGGCAUUCGGCGGAGGAAUGGCAGGCGGAGCGCCGGGCUCGGAGGAGUAUGACCUAGAGUACUUUCAGGCGUCGAAACGGUUGCGCUUUGGCGGGGGAAACCUAGCAAGCGCGGGCCUUGGCGAAACGUCCGGCGGAACAGGGUUAAGGGGAAUCGGUGCCGGAAUGGGCGGUUAUGGUGGCGGCAACCCUGCCAACUUCGGAGGGUCGCUUCUUGGAAACUCCCUGCUUGGGCGCACAGCGAGCGGCGGAGGCGCACUUGGGGGAGGCGCUUUCGGAGGAGGCGCUUUUGGGGGGAGCAGCGAGAAUUUCCUUUCUGGGGGCACGUUCUCCAACCUCGGCGGAGGUAUGGCGGGGAACAUGAGUUAUGUAGGUGGUGGUGGUAGCGGUGGUGGUAUGGGCGGGGGCAGUGGUUCCCCCUCCCCCCAUGGCGUGAUGCGCUUCCCCUCCAGUGUGCGCAGCUCCAUGGGCGGAGACUCCCCCUCCUCUCAUGCUGCUGCCAUGGCUGCCGCCGCUGCUGCUGCUGCGGGAUUCAACACUCCGCCCUUCCCCUCACCUCACUCCGCCUCCCCCCUCAUGCCGCGUUUCCUCUCAGGAGACUCUGCGGCCGCCCUUGCAAGCGCUUCUGCUUCCGCCUCUGCCACUGCUGCUGCAAGAAACGCUCCUUCUUUCGCUGGGCUCAACAGCACUGGUCUUGGCACCAGCAGCAGCAUGCUCGGCUCGUUCCCGCCCCAUCUCCAGUCCCCUUCCGGCCCCUCCUCCUCCCCUCUCCUCCGCGAAACCCUAAAAGAGAGCAUACGGGAGAGCCUCCUCUCCAUGCCCCACCAGCAAGCAGCAUCAACUGAAGCAGCAGCAGCAGCAGCAGCAGGAGCAGCAGCAGGAGCAGGAGGAUUGGCAGGAGUAGCAGUGAGUGCACACAUGCGGCAGUCCUCCACCUCCCCCCACAAGCGUUAUUUCUCAGGGGAAUCAAUCCUUCCCAACAGCUCGCUCCCAAUGCCCGUUGAUCCAACGGUGGGAGAUCGGAUGGUGGGAGCCAAGCGAACGGCUGCAGCCCCGUCUCUGCUGGGCCAGCGGAAUCUGACCAUCGAUCUCUCGGUGCUCGACAAUCUUGCGGCUCAGAUGCCCCUACACCUACUACAGCCGGUGGCUCCUCUGCCAAACCCUGGAUUUGCUGCUACAGGUGAUGCAGGUGCUACAACCGCUGCAAUGGGCAACCGUUCUUCUGGAGGUACUACGGCUGUAGCUGGAAUGUGCAUUCCCCACAGGGAUGCCGGUGCAACUGCUACUGCUCCUGCUGCUGCCUCGGGGGAGUUAAGCGGUCCGGGGGGGGAGGAGGUAGGUGAGAUAGACCCGGCAAUGCUGCACCCUUCGCUUGAGGCCCUGGCUCAGAUGCUGGCAGGAGAAAUCCGUGCUGAGUGCAAUGCACCAUCCAGUUCCUUUCCUGCAUCUGCGGAUGCUGCUGCUGCUGCUGCUGCUGCUGCUGCUGCUGCUUCUGAUUCAAUGGACCUGGGUGUGGGCUCAGAUUUGGACACUCUCCUGUCAACCCAGUUUCAGCUGCAGCAGUUGCAGUUGUUGCAGCAGCACCAGCAGCAGCAGCACCCAAUUGAAGGUAUGGAGGAAGGUUCUGGGUCGCUGCUGAGCUUCCUUGCAGCCGAUUGGCCGCAGCUGAAGGAAGCCAUGGCAGCAGGAGCGCGUGCGCUGAAUGUGGCGGACUUGCCAAGCAACAGCGAAUAAAUGGCUACAGUUUUUUUAUUGUAACAUAAAACGGGUCCCCGAACAGAGGGGUGACCGGUAUAUUUCUUUGAGUAGCUUUAUGGAGGCCAUUUCCUCCUGGCAUUGAAAAGGGUGGUAAACCCUGAAAGUCAUCACUGUGCCAUCAAAUGGUUCGGCAGGGUAAAUUGCCCUCUCGCUCUCAGGUCAUUUGCUGCCUGUGUGUCUCAAUUUACAAGGUUUACAAGUGCCGAGUAAAGGGCUCCAACUUUGCAACAAACAAUUCAGCAGGACCUAGGUUCCACAAAGAAUCAAAGAUGAUACCAUAG